AUGUAUGAGCUCAUCGCCAAAGUCUUUUCUAAACAUGGAAUUCUUUUCAAAAAUAUUAUUGGAUCUUCUUUUGACGGUGCAGCUAAUAUGCAGGGACAAUACAAUGGAUUACGUUCCCACAUCAAGACUGAAAAUAAAAAUAGUGUGUACAUUUGGUGCUAUGCGCAUAUUUUAAAUUUAUGUGUUUGUGAUAUUUGUGGGAAUGUGGCAGCUUUAAGUUUAUUUGGAUUGUUGAACAGACUAGCCACCUUUUUUUCGGAUUCUUAUAAAAGAAUGAAUGUCUGGAAGGAAAUACAAGAAAAUCUUGGAACUGGUCAAAAAAAAAUGCGAAGGCUCCAGAAAAUUGGUGCAACACGUUGGUGGUCCCGUGAAAAAGCUUUAAAAUGGCUAUUCGAAGGCGAUGAUUGUUUGUUUCCAUUAAUAAUAAAUGCAUUACAUUUUGUUGCAACAUCUAAAACUUUCGACCCAAAAACAACUUCUGAAGCAAUUUCAUUAAAAGAUAAAUUGAUAAAUUGUGUGAAUAUAAUAUUAUAA